AUGGCUGAGGCAGACGCGAACAACCUGCACCACUACAACAGGAAUACCAUUUCGGAAAUGAACGUAGAUGUUCUGAACCAAUGGAACGACAAAAUGAUCAGUUCGCACGCGUCCCUUAAGGACAUACGCAAAGGGUAUACUUGUCCAGUGAAAUUUAAAAAAAAUAACGAAAAGGGGGAAGAGGAAAGUACCGUUGAAGUGGAAGGAGUAACUAGCGAAGUUGUUGCUCCUUUCUCCGGACAGAAAAAUGAUACACAACGGAGAAGGCGUAGCACUCACCUGGUUGAGCAGACUUCUGAAUUUUUUUUGGAUGAUCAGAUAGGAGGAGAAAACUCUCAACCGGUAUUUGAUCUUGGAGUGGGAGAGUCCUACGGAGUGGACACUUCGCAUAGAGAAGGGCGAAAUAAUCAAGGAAGAGACGCAAAGAAACGGGUAAGUACAAAACUUCCAGAUAGCCACAUCCUGAACAAACUGACGAGAACGCUAUUGCAUGGAAUCCAGGAGAAGAUGGAGGAAGAAGGUAAGGAGGUAGGCAGGGGAGUUAAGAAUAAGCGUAGUGGAGAAGAAAAAGGCAAAUGUACAGGGCGCUCAAACUCAUCAAUGCAUGAGCAGAACUUGUGGAAGGCGAAGGAGGAGUUGGGUGGAGAAUCAUCACAAGGGGGGGAAAUCCCUAAUGGUGGGAAAUGGACUACUUUGAACAGUGGUAGUCAGGGUAUAGUGUUCCGGAGGAAGGGGCAAGGCUCCCACGUUAGCAGUGGUUCACAGGGCAGGAGGGUGCAGAGCUCUAAAACUUCCAACACCAAACCGCAGGGAACCCCGCAGCUAGCCACGAAAGUAGCUACUCAGGUUGGUACGCAGGUAGCCCCGGAGACGGAACAAACUUUCUACGUGUACCAGACGGAGGGCCGAAUCCCUGGUUCCAGCGAAAGCAACGACCUUGUGGGACUUGAACAACACCAAGGAAAUAGAUACAGUCUGGGUAGCAAAAGCGUUUCCUUCGUGGAAGAUGGAAGACACAGUAGUGGUGGUUACGUAGAUUCGGCACAGGGGCAACGAAUGUAUUUUCAAGAAAGUAUACAGGGAGGGAUGGAUCCUUACGUUGCGCAGGAAUCUCUCCUUGUUGAUGGAAAGAGCUACGUGGUCGGAAGCGGCGUUGAUGGAAUGGGGAGUGUGCUAAAGCGACCCGAUGAGGUGGGAUUCCACUUGGUUGGCGCGGGACACAUGGGGGGUUUCGUUGGUCAGGAUGGAAUCGCCAGUCAAGCAGUACAUGCGAAUUGGAGCAGCACCCCCCCGUAUAGCAGUCAUCCCGAUUGUGGUACCCAAUCCAAUUAUGGUAUCCACCUCCAGCGUAAUGGCCAUCCCAAUUAUGGUACUGUAUCCAACCAUGGAAAUACCUCCAACUACGCAAACUACAACAUGGAACAACCUCCCACAGCCGCGUCAAUACGGAUCUGCACCACCGAUCAUCCGAACCCAUCGCACAUUCCUCAGAAGAAGUCUAACCAUGUGCUACCCCCAGCGAGCUCCGCGAAAAAGAACUUCUUCUGCAACAGCUCUGUAAAGAAGAAGUCGCUGGAUGGAAGGAAACAGCCAAAGGCACACAAGACGGAAAUAUUAAUAUAUCCUAACGGAUCCAUAAGAGGGAGUGUUGGUCCUACGAAUGGACCUAAGAGGUAUUCACUUGACAGACAUGGAAGCUCCUUUCUGUUAUCUUCGCCGGGAAAAGCAACAAUUCGACCGCCCAGUAGCAACGUUUUCAUUCGAACCAAAUCUUUGCAACGUCAAUCAGAGGGUGGAAAAAUGAGGAAGGGGUUUGUAUCUCCCUUAAAUAAGUUUUCUCUAGGAAGACAGAAAUCUGUCCCGGUGAAGACCCACUCAAGGAAUGCUACUUCGAGCCCUAUGUGCACGCAAGAAAUAACAUAUAGCUUUCCAUCACAGGGGGGUUGUAUUCCUGGGGUGGUAGGAGACCAGAGAGUUAUACAAGCCUUUGCGUCGAGCCUCCCACAUGGAACACACCACAGCGAAUUGUUGAUAAAGCAAAAUAGCAAUUCAGGUGAUGGAUACAAAAAGGAGAUCAAUGAAGAUGUAAGCAGUUACGUUAAUAAGUGUUCCACUGAUGUGUCUAGCAGAGUGGCAAACAAUGAAUCUCCGAUGAGUGAUCAGGUUAAUUCUUUGAAUAGGAGGAUAGGAAAGCUGACGAGUAGAAUUCGGUCCAUCAAUGCGGAAAAGUGGAACCUGAGCGAGUUGGCCCGGUUGUAUAAGAACGAGUGCAACCGCCUGCGUGAAGUCAUCGCCAAGAACAAGCAAGCGCACUACGACCCAGUGAAUUUCCGAAAAGUGAAUUAUCAAGAGAUGAAUGAGAAGUUGGAAGAAGAAAACGAAAAUCUGCGAAAUCAAAUGAAGGCGCUUGGUAAAGUAAUCCUCUCAAGCCACGAUAUAAAUGGAAUAAAAAAAAUACUCGCAAAACAAUUAGUGAAUUUGAAUGAAGAAAAUGAAAAAUACAGACAGGAAAUAAAACUUUUAAAGAAACAGAAGGAAGUUAAUAGGGAGGUCUUGUUUAAUCUGAGCAGAGGAGAUGUGUCCACAGAUGCCAUCGACAGUGUCUUCAUGCAGACGAAGAAUAUAGUAAUAGAGGGUCAUCAAACGAUAAACGUAUUUUAUUUGAACUUGAAGAAUCUCAUCGAUGAGCUUUUUCAACGAAUCAAGUUCCUCCUCCUGGAGGACGAAUAUACCGCAGACGAAAAGAUGCUCUACGUGACCAGUCUGGAGGAGCUAGUCAACGAGAAUUUCGAAGAGAUAAACCACAUCGUGAUUAAGAUAAACGAACUCCGAAAAAAAGUGAAGGAUGUGAAGGCGCACAUCUUUGAUACGGACAGGAGCAACCCCAACUGCUCGUGCAAGCCGUCCAGGAUCAUCCUCGAAGACGACAUCAACCACCUGGAGGAGGAACUGCACAACCACUCCAUUAUGCUAAAAAAUUUGCGAAAAAAAAAUCUGUCUCUAUGUUUGGAGAGCCUGCACUCUCAAUUUGACCAUGAUGUGAAAGGCGAUGUCCCACACGGAGUUCCAAUGAAGGAUCACCACAAAGCCGAAAAGCAAAGGAUCAGCAAUAAGGAGAAGGGUCUUCAUAGGAGGGAGGAGAGAAAUUCUAAUGAACCCAUCAGGGAUAGACUUCCCACUAGUUUAGACAAGGGAGAAGGAAACAUGGAAGAGAACCCUGACAAAUCCUACCACAACAGACUCCAUGAGAAGAUCCGAGUUAUCGAACAUCAGCUGCACACCCUGAACGAUCACAUAAACUCUAGCUUCUGUGAUGGCGAUAAGGAGCAUGGUGGUGAUGACAGCAUUCCCCUCGAAAGUGAAUUUUGUAGAAACAGAAAGGGGAAUGUUCAACCAGGCUGUGCAGAACUUGAUGAUCUUACGAAGAAAUGCACAACGAAGAGGAAACAGAAAAUAACGGACGAAAGACAGGCAAAAGGAGAAUUGUCUUACAUAUCCUCCUCAUCCCCUCGUUCAUCGGUAUCAGACGAUAGUGCAAGUGCUUCCUCAGAAAAUAAAAAUUGGUUAAGUGCGGAAGAAGUGGAACGUAGCAAGAGCAGGAUGAUAAAACUGCUAGCAAUGCUCAAGGGAAAGCACAACGCAGACUUGGUAGAAAACACCAAGAGUUACGUUAGCUCGUUCGGGGAAUAUAAAGAAAACAACAAGUAUAACUUACAGAAAAUAUACGACAACCUGGAGGCCAUACGGAACACAAUAAAGAACACGGAGGAUGACACCGAGCGUAACAUCCUGGCUCUGAUUGAAUCGCAGGCGAACGAAAUAAAAAUAUUUGGAAACUGUGUAGAUGACUUGAAGACGACUAUGGCAUCCUGA